CCCGAUCACUGGGCGUCUAAUAUAGUUCCCACACACCGGCCCGGCACGCUGCAACGGAGGAACUUUCGCAAGUCUUUGCCUCAACCGUGAACGAUGCGGUCUCUGUUAUUCUUGUCUUUGGUUUCGGCCAGCUUCGCGCUCCAACUCCCAUUCAAAGUUCCGUUCUUCCAAAGCACCGUUCCUCCAGAAGAUGACGAACCUGUCCGUGGGACACCCAAGAUUGCAAUCAUUGGAGCAGGCGCCGCAGGAAGUUCUGCUGCAUUCUGGAUUUCUAAAGCACAAGAACGUUUUGGCGUUGACGUCGAGGUAGACGUGUAUGAGAAGACAUCUCGUAUCGGUGGAAGAAGUCUUACAGUAUAUCCUCAUGGCAACGAUACAUUUGAACCUGUCGAACUGGGUGCCUCCAUCUUCGUCAAGGCCAAUAAAAACUUGUGGAGAGCUGCUCAGGAAUUUAACUUGACAUUGCGAGACCUCAGCAAAGAAGACAAUGAUUUGGGUAUAUGGGAUGGAGAACAGCUUCUACUCAAUCUAGGGAAUCACUGGUGGGACACGCUGAAAGUCCUUUGGAGAUAUGGAGUUAUGCCUCCUAGGCGUGCAGAAAAACUUGUCGCUGAAAUGCUCAAGCAAUAUUCCACACUCUACACUGCUGAUUCACCAAAAUGGGACAACAUUACGGAUCUUGCUCAUUCGUUCGGUUGGAAGAAUCUGAUAGAGAGUACUGGCGCAGAGUUUUUCACAUCCAACGGUGUUUCCAAACAAUAUGUAUUUGAACUAAUCGAGGCUGCUAGUCGCGUUAAUUAUGGCCAGAAUAUUGAUUCAAUCCAUGCUCUCGAGGCUGCUUGCAGUAUCGCGGCCAACGGUGCCUCCCAAAUCGAGGGUGGCAACUGGCAGAUCUUUGAGCGCUUUUUGAACCAUUCUCGUGCCAAUGUUUUCACAGACACAAAGGUCACCCGCAUCACUCAAAAGGAAUCCAAGUCUCGACCAUGGGUGGUCCACAGCGCCAAAGGCCCUACCGGCUACAAAGCUGUCAUCCUUGCAGCACCUUUCCACCAAACCGACAUUGAGUUGCCGUCCACGCUUGCAUCUCAAAUCCCCGAACAACCCUAUGUCCAUCUCCAUGUUACGCUCCUCACCACCACAUCCCCAAACCUCAACCGCGAAUAUUUAGCCUUGUCUCCCAAUGAAAAGGUUCCCAGUAUGCUAUUGACCACGUACGACGGCGUCCGUCAAGGGCGCAAGGCUCCCGAAUUCAACUCGAUUUCAUAUCAUGGAAAAAUCAGUGAGGACGAGUGGGUCGUCAAGAUUUUCAGCGAAUCACCUGUAGAAGACAAAUGGUUGCAAUCCUUAUUCAACGAUCAAGUUGGCUGGGUGCAUAGAGCAGAAUUCGACGCGUAUCCCAAGUUACCACCUACGUCGAGUUUCCCUCCCGUCAAAUUGGAUCAUGGACUGUUCUAUGUUAACGCUUUCGAGCCAUUUAUAUCCACUAUGGAAACUGAAACGUUAGCAUCUCGCAACGUCGUGGAUCUGCUGCUCAAUGAAGAAUUCAGUUCGAGUAUCUGUGGACCACGGAUCUCUGGAUCUACUAAAGAUACUGCCGCGCCGGAUAGUGAUUUCGUGUUUGGAUGGGAUUGUUGAGUGAGAACUUCUUUGGAUAAUGCUUUUUGCUAUGUAUACUGUUACAACGGGUUUGAAUCGGUGAGAUUUAGGAAACAUCUAUGAUUGUCCGCAAAAAAUAUACUAUAUGAGUAGAUACGACUGUUUGGCGACGGACGUCAGCGAAGAGGUGCUUUCUUUGAUUCAAUGAAUGUUCAAAUUCAUGCUAUAGGGAACAUAAUACACCCCAAAACUCGAAUCAACUAGCAGCAGAUCAAAAGGCUAUAACGUGACCAAAAUAUUCGUUUAGUAGCUACUUAGGACCGAGGUGGAUUUGAAGUUGCAAUUCUUAGAU